CAGAAGGUCAAACAACUGGAAAUGAUACGUGUUCACGCUUGCUGGACUCGGCUGCUUGAUGAUAUCGAUCUCUAGGUGAUAAGCAAGGCACGUGGCAACGGCCGCAUGAAUCCCCCCCAACCAACCCCACCAUCAGCAUCCCCAAGAAUUGAAAUGGAGUCGCCGCGGAAGAUCCGGAAUCGCGCCGCGUGUCGACGCUGUCAGCGACGGAAGAUUCGCUGCGAUGGAAACGAGCCCUCGUGUGGAUCUUGUCAGAAGGCAGGGGUCGCCUGUGUCAAUGAUGGCAAGCAGGAGGUCACUCGCAGAUACAUUUCGAACAUGGAGAACCGCAUCCGGUGGCUGGAGGCCAUUGUGAAAGAGAAUUGCUCUCACAUUGACCUCCGUUGCAAGACACAGGCGGAUGCUUCUGAUGACACGCGGCCCGGCCCAACCGACGAUUCUUUCCACUACCCCGUCCAAACCAUCAGCAAUGGUUCGCAGCAAGAAGAGGAGCCCAGACUUGAAGAACAGCUACCCUCUAUGAGUGAGCAGCACACAUCAAAUCCUCCAUCUGGUCAACAGCAGGCCCACGAGGUCGGACUGGUGUCCUUGUCUUCCGGGGGAGGCGCUCGGUACAUUGGGCCAUCCAGCGGCUACUUCUUCGCAAAUCGCAUUUUCUCUAGCGCUGGUCGCUGUCGGAGAGAGAGAGGAACGACCAGAUCCAACGCCCAAUCGGCCUAUCUUUCAGCUGAGCUCCUGAAUAACCUGACACUUCUACCCACUCGGAAGGAAAGCGCCAUGGAACUGUCAGCCAAGUACUUCCAGACCGUUCACCUCACCUACCCCUUUCUGCAUGAGCCAUCUCACAGAGCAAUCAUCGACCGGGUUUACGCUUCCCAGGAGGAGAACCCUCUAGACCGUUUCCAAGUCUAUCUGGUAUUAGCAAUCGCGGCCCUGAACCUGUCACGCCAAUGCAAGGUUCAUCUUCCCGUGGAAGGCUACUACGCAUCAGCCAUGAGGUAUGCUGAGAAUGUCUGUACAGACGGCUCGAUGGCUGCGCUGCAAUGUCUCUUGCUUCUGAUGGUGUAUGCUUUGCACAACCCUUCUUGUAACGUUAACAUCUGGAACCUUAACUAUCAGUGCCUGGCUAGUGUGAUAGAUUUAGGACUCCAGCGUGAUGUGCGAGCCUCCUCGUCAUUACAAAUUUCAGUGCUUGAACAGGAGAUGCGGACCCGUGUGUUUUGGGUGGCCUACACGUUUGAUCGAGCCAUAUGCACGAUGAUGGGCCGUCCGAUCGGAGUCCGGGACGAGGCGUGUGAGAUGAGAUUUCCCCUAGAUAUUUCAGACCACAACCUCGUUCACCCCGAUGCCGCCCAGCACUUGGCCGAAUCCCCGUCACCCAUGUCUCACUCAAUCCACCUAUUCAAGCUGGCGAAGAUGAACUCGGAGAUCAAAUACAUCAUGCAUAGCAUCCAACGCGGCGUGCCUGCCUACGCCUACCCCCCGAUCAAGGACAUAUUUUCGUGGCAGCGGGACAUGGUGGACUCUCUCCAAACCUGGCUCUUCGAAAUACCCCAAACAAGGAAUUGCGAUGAUGCAAUGGCCCAGCUUUGCAAAGCCAAGUACCACGAAACAAUGAUCUUAUUACUACGACCCAGUCCGGCGAUUCCCGAUCCAACGGAGGAGAUCCUGGAUCUGUGCUUCCACCAGGCCGUUGAUCUCCUCCAAGAGUUCGGUGGUAUGUACAGGUCCGGCAGUCUGCUGUACAGCCGGCUCCUUGUCCACUCUGUCUUCCUGGGCGCACUCGUCCUCCUCUACUGUAUCUGGAAACUGCCCCGGACGACAGCCACAGUCCGAGUGGACGAGCUGAUUUCGAACCUGGGCGUGGCCCAAAACAUCCUCAGCAGCAUUGGCGAGUACUGGGCCGAGGCCACCCGCGCGCGGGACUGUAUCGACGAGUUGUCCAACGUGACCAUGCAACGGCUUCUUAGAAACCAAAGCUCGGCGACCACGGUACAUACAGCUGAUGCCAACCGGAGAAGUUCCCGAUCCGGUCCCAUCCAGAACGCCGAACUUGUGCACAUCCGACAUCUGCAAGAGCUGUAUCCCAGCCCAAAUCAGGAUUCCUCGGAGAGACUUGUGAAUACAAAUUCGGACUGCUUGCCUUUAGUUCCUAUGCAGGGAGAUAUGGCUGGUACGGUCGAGGAUCAGAUGAACCUGUUCGACGACCUUUUACAGGGCGAUUUUCAGGGGUGGAGUGGAAUGUCCGAUAUCGAUGGGCUUAUGUGGGAGCUGUUCAAUACUUUGCCGCAAUAAAUUACCAUACUCGGAUGCGAGGCAAUACCACCGGUCUCCAAGUUAAUCCGCUCAUCAGCCGGCUUCUUUUUCACGAUUUGGAAGUGACAAUCAGCCAGAACGGCUUGAGCAGGAGCAAUGUGGGGCCUGGUAACAGUCUCUGAUCUCAAGGCCAUGUGAAUCGUGCCAUAACUGCGAUA